UAAUUGAGUGCCCCACAUAUUUUCUUUCCCUGUUGUCUCCAUCUCUUCAAAACUCUUACCAUUCCUUAUGAUUCUGCUAUGUGAUUGAUACCAAUCUGCUUCGUUCCAAUAGCUCCAGGCCUGCCAGUUUCUGAUAUUACAUGAGAUACCUAACCUCUAACGAAACCCUAACGGCGAAUUCCUGCUUCAAGGAGAAAGAAUGGCAUCUUUCUCGAUGGAGGAGUUUCUCGGAGAUGGAGCUUUAAGAGGGCUUGUGCCAAAGCUUGUGGAAGGAGGUUGGGAUGAUGUUCCAACUGUGAAGAUGAUGAAUUCAGAAGACAUGGAUUCAAUGAAAUUGACACGGCAGCAGAAGGAUGCACUAGAGAUCAGAUCAUACCUGCACGAUCGAUCCUUGAUGAUUUACGCUGAUCGGCUAGAGGCAUCUGAGAAAUCAUUGGUUGAGCUUCUGAAUACAAACAUUGCGGUCCUUUCUUCCCAGUUCGGUAUGAAGAGAGGCCAUAUUGCACGUUUUAUCGACAGAACAAGCGCUUGUAGAAUUUCAAUGCCUCCUUAUCUUACACCUGCAAGGGAAAGAAGCAUGAGUCCUUACAGUAUAAGCAGCAGUACAAAGAGACAGCUAAACGUCAGGACUUCCGACAGGGGAAGUUCAGUUUUUGAACCGUCCAUAGAGCAAUCUGCAAUAGACUUUAAGCUCAAUGACGGUUAUGUCUUCAAGGGAAUUGUUGCCUGCGAGCCAGCUGAUGCUAGGCUAUGCGGUUGUAUUCAACCACCGCCAGUAGUAGAUGAUGUAGCUCCGUAUUCUUUGAUAGAGAACAUAUCGAUCCAAAAGCUCACUCCAGAGUAUAAAGUUGGCAUGCAACGGUUGCUAACUACAGAAGCUCCACCUAUGAAGGCUUCAGAGCUAUGGCAUGAUAAACCAGCUAUCAUAUUAUGUAUUCGACGACCUGGGUGUAUCAUGUGUAGAGCAGAGGCACAUCAACUCUAUUCAAGAAAACCAAUAUUUGACGCGAUGGGGGUUCAACUUGUCGCAGCCUUGCAUGAGAAAAUUGAAUCUGAGAUUAAAGAAUUUUGGCCACGAUAUUGGGGAGGGAUUGUGAUUCUUGAUCGAGGAAAGGAUUUCUUCAAAGCUCUUGGGGGUGGAGUCUUGCUCAAGGACAAGUUUAUUACUGGGUUCCUUCUUAAUUCUCGUGCUAUUGCGAACUAUAAGCGAGCAAAGGCAAUUGGAUUAGAGCGGAACUUUCGGGGCGAAGGUGAAAUUAAAGGGGGCCUAUUUAUAAUUGGAAAUGGGAAAAGAGGCAUUGCAUACCAGUUUGUUGAAAGGAAUUUUGGGGAUUGGGCACCUAUUGCUGAAGUUUUGGAUAUUUGCCGACGGAUACAGAGUGAUGGUUCAAGCCAUGAAGAAUCAAAAUCUUGAAGUUGAGUUUGGUGUCGUUGAAGUUUGCAUGUUGUUUGUGGAGUGCUUUUGAGAUGCUUGUUAGAACAUCAGCAGGGUGUUAGAAUGUUAGUAAAUAGGAACCAUUCUCAUUUUCAUUCAGUAUUGUUGACAUAUUAGUAAUAUAUAAGGACUUAUUUGUAA